AUGGGUGUUCUUGAUCAAAUAUCAGGCAUGUUUGAAGUUUCAAAUAGAAGGAAAAACAAGCUCAAAUCCAUGAAAGUACUUGCUUAUAAAGGUAAAAUGGACUGUGAUGGCUGUGAAUGGAAAGUUAGAAAUGCCAUUUCCUCCAUGAAAGGUGUGAAAUCAGUAGAGAUAAGCAGAAAAGAAAGCAGGGUGACAGUGACCGGUUAUGUAGAACGAAGCAAGGCGUUAAAGAAAGUUCAAAAUGCUGGGAAAAAUGCAGAAAUAUGGCCAUAUUUGAAAGACAAUUUAGUGUCAUAUCCUUAUGUUCCUGGAAUAUAUGACAAAAAGGCACCUUCUGGUUAUGUGAAAAAUGAUCCUCAAACUCUUCAAUUUCCAAGUACUCCUAAUGAGAGAUUCACUUCUAUGUUUUCAUUAACCCAAAUGCCUGUUCAAUAAUGUGAGGAACCAGAGAGCCAGAUUUAGAAUUCAAAAUUUACGGGUUACUACUUGCUAUGGCUAUCCGAACUUAAUACUUUCUCCGUCCAAAUUUAUGUUACAUUUUUCGCUUCUCGAGAUACAUAUUAUGUGAGCUUUAAGCAACAUUUUAAAAUGUA